AACAUUUUCAAGCAGCUGAAAUGCAACAUGUCAAACUGUAAGAACCCUGUGGAGUUCUAUGUGAUUUACUCCAACGAGUACAUCUGCGGAGAUUGCAAAGAGAUGACCUACUUGGACAAUGAAGUCAAGCCACUUCCUGAUCCACAUGAAAUCAACUUUUCUUUGCAGAUAGUUGAAUGAAAUAUCGAGACAAUAGAAUUGCUACUCGUACAUAAGCCCACACUCCAGCAUAAGUGGGAAUACUUGAUGGAAUCUUUCAAAGACUUUAAGGCUAGAGCUGCCGAGUUAAGAGAAGCCUUUCAAAAUCUCGUUACCAAAAAGUUUUGGUCAAGAAUGGAAGACAUCAGGCCUCAGAUAGAACAACUCAAGCAAGAAUGGAAACAAAGCCCGAUACUUGUUGAAAUGCUUCUGUUUAAGAACUCUGAAAGCAUCAGACUUCGAGUUAAAGGAAUUGAUGAAGAAGACUCGAUUCUGAACCAGAACAUCCACCUUAAGGUAACUUUGGAUGAAGUCAGAAGAGAGAGACUCCAGGUUGAAACAGAUCUCAACACAAAGAUAGAACAACUAUCCAAGCACAAUUCAGAAAUUGACAGUCAAAGAGAUCAACUUGGAGAAGAAUUGGACUCCACGAAACACAGAAUUGCACAACUAGAAACACAGAAUACUGAACUAGAAACUCUAAAUAUUGAACUGAAAGCCCAAAACACAGAACUGGAAUCACAGAAAAUCCAAUUGACUACUGAUCUGUGUGAAGCUAAAGCACAAACAGAAGAAAAGAAGGUUCAAAUUGAAGAUAUGAAGACCAGUUAUGCUGGCCUAAAAACUAACUACGAAGAUUUGAAGGCCCUGAUUUCAAAUAAAAUAGAGGAGCUAAAUGUGUCUCACUCUCAGACAGAUACAGGAAUUCAGAAAUCAUGUAAAAUACUUGAAGAGCAAGGUUUGAGGUUCAACAAAAUUAUAUGUAAAAAUCUUGAAAAUAUGAAAACGAACCCAACAUGAGUCAAGACCACUCAGACUGCCGAUCAAAAAGAGAGUUUAGAGAAUUUAGAAGGAAAUUAUGAAGACACUGAAGAAUCUAAAAACUCAGAAGAGUCUAAAAAACCAAGCAAAGAAACUAUAACCAAUGGAAACUCUCGCUUAGCUAAAAUGCUAGUGGAGACAUAUAUAAAAACUGACUCUUUACUAAAAGAGCUAACAGACCUCGAGUCCAUCAAAUUCUUAGAACAGAUAAUUUCCCAGAACCAAAUUAGAUUUAAAUUUAGUUUGGAUUCGCACAAGAAAGUGUUCAGGGCGAUGAACAAUAGAUAUGUUGCUCAUUUAGAGAAAAUUGAAUUACUACGCUUAGAUAAAAUUGAAACUGACUCAGUCAUCAACUUCCUCCUAAACUGCAUCCCAGAUGCCCUCAAAGAACUCAGACUCGGAGGAAGUUCUUCUUGCCCUCCAAUAACCCCUUACCUUGAUUCUAUUCUUACCACCAAAGGAAAAAUUGGGGAAAGAAUAGACUUAGAUCACUUCAGAAUCACAGUCAAAGAGGAAGAGCUACUUAAAAAAUCUUUUGGAGAAACCAAAGUCGUAUACGGCAGUAAAGAUAACUCGUAAUAUUUUAGGAAGUAAUCUGAGUUAGAUUAUAUUUAGAAGUUAUAUUUGUUGGUGAGGAUGGACUCUAAUAGAAUAAAUCCAAGGUAAUUUUGAGUACGAUAUUUUAAUCAAUUAAGAUGCUGAAUUUGGAGAUUUAGAUUGAAGCGCAGAUUCUGAUGGUGAUUCAGAGGUGAUUAUGUUUCAAUGGUUAAUUUGAAAAUC